CCGGGGGACAGAAAAGUAGUGAACACUGGAGGGUAGCAACAUCCGUUUCUAUGCUUACUUAUACCACAUUAUAUGAACCUUCAUUAAAUUAACUAUUUUACUGUUAUCGUUAUUUAACGAGCAAUUUGAAUAUAUUAUAAGUGGUAACUGCAGUGAAACCGCGGGCGCGUGAGAUGAAAUGACAACGUCAACUCUGCAGAAAGCGAUUGAGCUGGUGACUAAAGCCACAGAGGAGGACAAGGCCAAGAACUAUGAGGAGGCACUGAGACUCUACCAGCAUGCUGUGGAGUAUUUCCUGCACGCCAUUAAAUAUGAAGCACACAGUGACAAGGCAAAGGAAAGCAUACGUGGGAAGUGUAUGCAGUAUCUGGACAGAGCCGAGAAACUCAAGGACUACUUGAAAAACAAGGACAAACAGGGCAAGAAACCAGUGAAGGAAACACAAGGCAAUGACAAAAGUGACAGUGACAGUGAGGGAGAAAAUCCAGAGAAAAAGAAACUCCAGGAGCAUCUGAUGGGUGCGAUUGUGAUGGAGAAGCCCAAUGUGAGGUGGAGUGAUGUGGCCGGACUGGAAGGGGCAAAAGAAGCCCUGAAGGAAGCUGUCAUUCUACCCAUCAAAUUUCCACAUCUGUUCACAGGCAAGCGCACUCCAUGGAGGGGCAUUCUUCUGUUUGGACCCCCCGGCACAGGAAAGUCUUAUCUGGCCAAAGCUGUCGCCACUGAGGCCAAUAACUCCACCUUCUUCUCUGUGUCUUCCUCUGAUCUCAUGUCUAAGUGGCUCGGCGAGAGUGAAAAACUGGUGAAGAAUCUGUUUGAUCUGGCUCGCCAGCAUAAGCCGUCCAUCAUCUUCAUAGAUGAGGUGGAUUCUCUCUGUGGAUCCAGAAAUGAGAAUGAAAGUGAAGCUGCUCGGAGGAUCAAGACUGAGUUUCUGGUGCAGAUGCAGGGUGUUGGUAAUAGCAGUGAUGGGAUAUUAGUUCUCGGUGCUACUAACAUUCCCUGGGUCCUUGAUGCUGCUAUUCGCAGGAGGUUUGAGAAGCGCAUCUACAUCCCACUCCCAGAGGAGCCUGCGAGAUCGGCCAUGUUCCGCUUACAUCUAGGUAACACUCCUCACAGUCUGACAGAGGCAGACCUACGUCAGUUGGCCCGCAAAACAGAUGGAUAUUCUGGAGCCGAUAUAAGCGUCAUAGUACGAGAUGCUCUCAUGCAGCCUGUCAGGAAAGUGCAGUCCGCCACGCACUUUAAAAAGGUGCGAGGGCCAUCUCGCAGUAACAGUUCUGUGAUGGUGGAUGAUCUCCUGACCCCAUGUUCUCCUGGUGACCCUGAUGCCAUAGAGAUGACCUGGAUGGAUGUACCAAGUGACAAACUACUAGAGCCCAUAGUGUGCAUGUCUGACAUGCUGCGCUCGUUGGCCACCACACGCCCCACCGUCAACACAGAGGACCUGCUGAAGGUGAAGAAGUUCACAGAGGAUUUUGGACAGGAGGGCUGAACCACAACACACUUUCAAUUCAAACAUCGAUUCAUAUGUAGCUGUCCCAACUCAACCAGGACUUUCUACUCUAAACUAACCCGCAGCAGUGAACAGCAGGAGCAUGUGAUCUAAUCAACAUCUCUAAUCGCCCAGCACUACAGAACAUCAGAUUCAUCCGUUUAAUGUUAAUCGAUAGAAAAGACCGGAGCAUGAAGCUUGCUUGUUUUGUUUACAUUUACAUGAUCAAAUUUGUUGAAGUGUUCAUUUUAUGAAAUUGUUUUGCCUGUCUGCCCUUUAUUCCGAACGAGCUAUCAACAUUACAAUGAGUAUUUAUUUUAAUUUAUUCGCAAUACUUUUGAUUGUUUCGAGCGCUCCUCUAGUGAUGGAUCAUUUUGAGCUUUAUGAGUAUCUAUUGUGUCCAGCUCAGUAUUUCAGCACUCUACUUUCUGAACGUGGUCUGGGUGAAUCUCACGAAAACAUGCCUGGGUCAUGUUUCACCCCAGAAUCCAAAGGAAAGAAAUUUUGGAAGAAUAUGAAGCCUAUUAUUUAUGCUGAUGAUGAUCUCUAUAUAAAGAAAUUUAGAUUUUCUUCAUAAAAAGUGUCACAAUGGGGGGAAAAUAAAUCUUAAUAUUACUAAAAUAGGCUUGAUUUUCUUUUAAAUAAAGAAAAUCAAGCCUAUUUUACAACUAUUCAGAUUGUUUCUCUUUUGAUUCGGGUGAAAUAUGCCCUGGCCGUGUAUUCUGUCAAGCUCACUAUCAACAUUUCACUUAUUUAAAGCAGAUGUGUUCAAAUAAUGAAGUGUGUUAUAGACAUAGCUGUCAUUCAUUCUGAAGAAUACCACGCUGACCUGAACUGAUAAAAAAUUACUUUUAAAACAAUUUGUGCAACUGUAUUUACUUCAGCCAAUCCAAUCUGCUUAAAAUGGAUAACCUUGCCUUCUAACAAUAGUUGUUACAUUAACAAUUUUGAUUUAAUCAAAGGAUAAUUUUCUCUGAAUAUGCGGUGUAUGUUUUCAGACAAAAGCUGAGUUUUCAUUUGAGAAAACAAUGGAGAAUGCUGUGAAGUAAAUAUGCAAGAAUUAAAGGGUUUGUUCACCCAAAAAUGAAAAUUCUGUUCUAAACCCAUAAGACUUUGGUGAAUCUUCUAAACACAAAUUAAGAUAUUUUAAUGAGAGAUUUCUAUCCCUUCUAAUGAAAGUCCAGGUAACUAGUAUUCCAAAAAGGUUAUAAAGGUGUCGUAAAACGAAUCCAUAUGAAUCAAGCGGUUUAAUCCAAGUCUUGUGAAGAGAUAUGAUUGAUGUAUAUGAUGAGCAGAUUUAAUUUUAUUCCUGAUGAAGGUCUGACAGUUGAAACGUUGAGUUGUUAAUAAAUGUUUUUGGAGCUGUAAA